AAUCCUCGUAGCUGAUACACAAGUUGCAAGACCACAACAUGGCUGGUCGUGGUAAACACGCCCUGUCUUUUAAAAUUCUUGGAGAAUGCUCCACAUCAAAAGCACGGGCGUCUGCAGUGACGCUCCCGCACGCGACAGUUGAGGCUCCAGUUUUCAUGCCUGUCGGAACUCAAGGAACGUUGAAAGGGCUUGUUCCCGAUCAGCUGAGAGAACUUGACUGCAAAAUAAUGUUGGGAAAUACCUAUCAUUUAGGACACCGACCAGGUCCUGAUUUGCUGGAGAAGGCAGGAGGUCUACACAAGUUCAUGAACUGGGACCGAGCUCUGUUGACUGACAGCGGAGGUUUCCAGAUGGUCUCAUUGUUAGAACUUGCGGAGAUAACAGAGGAAGGUGUCAAGUUCAAAUCCCCUCACGAUGGAUCAAUGAUGUUGCUGACUCCAGAAAAAUCUAUUGAAAUUCAGAACGCAAUUGGCGCUGACAUCAUCAUGCAGCUGGACGACGUCGUCCACUCGUCCGUCUCCGGACCUAGGCUGGAGGAGGCCAUGCACAGAACCAUCAGAUGGCUGGACCGUUGUAUCGCAGCUCACAAACGUCCCUCGGAGCAGUGUCUGUUUCCUAUCGUGCAAGGAGGUUUGAAUGCUGAGCUAAGGGAGAAAUGUGCGAAAGAACUUCUGAAGAGAGACGUUGGUGGCUACGCCAUCGGUGGGCUGAGCGGAGGGGAGGAGAAGUCAGACUUUUGGAAGAUGGUCAAAGUCUCCACCGAUCUGUUGCCCAAAGACAAACCGCGGUAUCUCAUGGGGGUCGGGUUUGCCGUUGACCUGGUGGUGUGUGUGGCCCUGGGAUGUGACAUGUUUGACUGCGUUUUCCCGACACGCACAGCCAGAUUUGGAUGCGCGCUCGUGAAAACAGGACAGCUGAAUCUCAAGAGUAAAUCGUUUGCCCAGGACUUCCGCCCCAUCGACGGGUCGUGCCUGUGUCCUACAUGCAAGACUUACACGAGGGCGUAUCUCCACACACUGGCCAACACGGAGGCCGCGGCCUGCAACAUCAUCACCGUACACAACGUGGCCUACCAGGUACCGUCAGUGGGUGGUUGGUGGCCGCUCUGCUGGGCUUUGCUCUUUCUUUCCUGUCAAACGUCGAUUGUCCUUAUCUUACUUACUUUUUACUUUUUUCUUCCGCUUGUACUCAACCCAGUGAAUGAAAUAUGCAUUGUUUAUAACCCAUGAUAAAAGAUGUGUGCACCACCUGUACUCUUUCACUAUGGAAACUUUAUUUUACAAAUGAGUGUUUUAUAUGAUGGGAUGUGGGCCAGUGGCCUUAAACACUGAAUAACUUACUUACUUGCAUGAUUUUAUACGGACUGGAGAUUUUUUUAAUUUUAGUUUUUUAGGUACUUUUGAGAUAUUGGAUGUCCGAGUUUUGUGCAUUUUGAAUGCAAAAGCAGAUAGUACUUUUUUCCUGAGUGUAUUUUUCUCGGAGCAGAAUGGUCAUUUCAGAACCAAAAGGGGAUCUCCAUUCAGUGCGUGCAGAUAGUAGAACCCGCAACAAACCGUGACUCGA